AUGGAAGGAAGAAGGGGCGAGAGGCUCACGAGCAACUACCACGGGCGCUGGCACGCUCAGUUGGUACUAAUCCUUCGAUACAGCCAGACGGCCGGGUUCUGUUUCUCUCUUCGUCUAUUCGUUACAUUCGCUCUGGUGCCGAAACCCGGCUUCGUCCGAACCGCCAUCACCAAAGCCCUAUCAACACUCGACGCCCUGCUCGCAGAUUCGACCACCCCGGCUGGCAGGCUCCAGGAGAUCCUCGACCUAAUCGUGGUAAAGAACGCUCAACUCAUCCACUUCGACAGUGAAAUCCAGGCCGCACUUCACGAUGAUGACUUGGAAGCAGACCUGACUACCGCCUACGAGUACGAGGAGAAAGUAGCAAAUUCACCUUCGCACGGCCUCUCAAUUGCAACGCCGCCAUCUCGCAUCGCCUUGCCCAAACUGCACAUCCCAAGUUUUGCCGGUGAGCGGCGCGAGUGGCAAGGAUUUUGGGACCGAUAUCGAGUCAGCAUUCAUGACAACGACUGGAUCCCGAAAAUCGACAAAUUCAAAUACCUGUUGACCUACCUGACUGGGGCAGCCAAGGCAGCCAUCCAAGGUAUUUGCCUCGCCGAAGCUAAUUACGACGUAGCCAUUCAGAUCUUGUCCGACCGUUUCGGCCGUCGCGACAUGCUAAUCGACGAUCAUCUCGACAGUUUGCUGUCUGUCGCGCCAGUUCGAAGCUCAGCAGACGUGGCCAAAUUAAGGAAUCUCCAUGACGAGACAGCAUUUCGCAUCAACGCACUGGAAGGUAUCGGAGUGUCUUCAGGAGAGUAUUGCACGGUUCUGCGGCGCAUCCUCUUGAAGGCGUUGCCUCCGGACCUCAGCAUCCUGUAUCGUCAGCGGCAAAAGGAAGCCCUGCUAGCGGAAAACGCUGAUGUAUCUCAAGGAGCCCAGUCACAACAAGUGAAAGACCUGAUGAACUUCAUUCGAGUUCAGAUAGAAAUACGGGAGGAAAGCGGCCUCGAGGAAGCGACAUCGUCCACAAGCUGGCGGCAUCCGCAGCGAGAAUUCCGGCCACCACAACCACCCCUGCCAUCCGCUGCAGCUUUAUCAGCUGAAGGUCGACCCCCCUACUCACGCCCCUGCCUGCUGUGUAACUCGUCCGAACACGCUAUUCAGGAGUGCUCCGAACGCCUCAAUCCGGAAGAGAAACGGAGGCGGCUUCUGGUGGACAAGCUGUGCUUCCGCUGCGCCAAGCGCAACCACUUCGCCAACGAUUGCCGAACCUCCAGGUCCCUGCAGUGCCACCAAUGCGCUGGACGGCAUUUGACUUCGCUAUGCGAUAUCAACAACGUCAGGAACCGGUCACAGCGUACCGGCAACCUCUCGGCACCACAAGAUCGCGCAUCAGGGUCUGCCACAACCCCAUCUCGAGCAACUUCAGUGUCAACUAGCGGCGCUGGUCUCACGCCCGUGCUGCUGCAGACUGGCAGGGCAUGGUCUAUCGCGCCAGAAAAGACAGUGCUGGUUCGCUUCCUGCUCGACACAGGAAGUGGACGCUCUUUCGUUAGGCAGGACAUCGCUCGUGCCUUGAAUUGUCCCGUUCGAGGAACUGAGCGUCUUACUUUGUUCACUUUCGGGAAAACGCAACGUCCCGCGACUCUGACUUGUGAGCGCGUUGCGGUGACGCUUCGGAGCCAACAUAGCAGUAACCAGACCACAAUAGAAGCUCUGGCAAUACCAGAAAUCAGCCCAGUGACAAGUCCACCAGCAGACGGCGAGCUCGCCACCAUGGUGACACGGCAAGGUAUGCUCCCGGCUGAUGCACGUCCAGAAGCGACAACAUUCCGGGAGGACGGGAUCAGUGUAUUAAUAGGAUCGGACAUCUACUGGGACGUGGCAACCGGGCAGAUAACACGGCUUUCCCCUCAGAUAACGGCGGCAGAAACCCUUUUUGAAUGGAGCAUUCAGGGUACUCUGAGCAACCUAGCGCAAGGAUCGAGAACGCGAGCUACUUCUCUCUUAAUUGCUCUCGAAGAAGCCACUGAAAGCGAUACCGCAAUGGACAUGCGAAUUGCCAACUUAUGGUGCAUCGGCUCUCUAGGUGUGCAAGACAGUCGUGACGGCAGCCAAAGCGACAGCAACGCCCUUGAAUUGUUCGAAGAUGACGUGUCCAAGAAAGGAGAGCGCUACGAGGUUCCCCUUCUUCUUGGGGAGCCUGGUCUGGAAACUGGCCAAAGCAACUACGACCUCGCUAAACAGCGGCUCCUGAUGCAGCUCCGUCGCUUCCGACAGCAACCAGAUCUUGUUCGUUAUGACGACACCAUCAAGGCAUACUUCAAUGAAUCCCACGCAGAACGAGUUCCAGACAACGACACGGUUCCCAAGCCCAACACGUACUACAUGCCGCAUCAUGGAGUAAUUCGUCAUGAUGCCGUCACCGCCAAGCUUCGGGCUGUUUUUGACGCAUCAUCUCACGCUCCUGGUCAACCAUCCUUGAACAACGUGCUCAUGAAGGGGCCUAAUAUGGAUGCCGACUUACUUAAACUUUUGCUCAACUUCAGAAUGCAUCCAAUAAUCAUGGUGGCUGACAUUAAGAAGGCGUACCUUCAAAUCAGCAUUCGCCCGGAGGACAGAGAUGCGCUGCGCUUCCUAUGGGUUGCUCAUCUCCCGACGGAACACGAACCAUUUCCGCCAAUCGUUCACUGGCGAAUGACCCGCUUGCCCUUCGGCGCCAAGUUCAGCCCUUUUCUCCUAACAGCAACGUUACAUCACCAUUUACGAAUAUCCGAAGAGCGAUUCCCCGAAACAGUGGAACGCCUCCGACAGUCACUUUACGUCGAUGAUUUAGUGGUCGGUGCGGACAACCUGCAGACGGCUCAACGGAUUUACUCGGAAGCGAGGAUCAUUCUAGCGGACGCCGGCAUGGAGCUUCGUAAGUGGGCAUCAAACAGCUCCUUGCUAAGAGAACAGUUCCGGACGGACCGAUUGUCAUUGGAAGAUGAAGGUGGCGAUCCACAUAGAAUGAAGGUCCUCAGGCUUUCCUGGGAAAGACACAUUGAUAUCGUUAUCACUGCCAUCCACUGGAUGUCACAAGACCCAGGGCGCCGCGACGUCUACGUCAGAAACCGAGUCGCAGAAAUACAGCAGCAUACAGCGGGCCACAAGUGGCAGCACUGCAAAGGCAAGGAAAAUCCGGCCGACCUACUGACAAGAGGUAUCACUGCGGUCGCGCUUCUUCGUUCAUCUCUAUGGUGGAGAGGUCCUUCAUGGCUCGCUAUUCCCAAGCACGCCUGGGAGGAUGACGGGAGAUGCCCAAAGCCCAUUUUAACCGCUGAAGAAGUAGUACCUGAGGCCGAAUGCGUCGUCAACCUUGGCCAACGACAAGCAUUACUCAAGGUCACCGACUACAGCCGGUACUCACGCCUUCUUCGAGUAACGGCGUGGAUCUACCGUUUCAUCGACAACGCAGCAACACGGCGAGCAUCGACAGUCGGACCGCUCAAUGCCCAAGAAAUCGCACGAGCUGAACAUUACUGGAUCAAGCAAGUCCAGCAUUCGCACUUCCCUGACGACCUUGCGGCACUGUCGGCUGGAAAAUCGGUGCCCACUUCCUCCCAUCUCCUACUUCUGCGUCCGUUCAUCGAUGACGACGGACUCAUACGCGUUGGAGGGCGCCUCCAACUUCUGCCCGGCAUCAUGUCCCUCCGUCACCCUAUCGUGCUUCCUGGUGGCGACGCUGUCAUUGAGUUGCUAAUUCGUUCUACUCAUGAACGAAUGCUUCACUGA